UGGAAUAAGCCGCGCUGGGAUGCAGUGGGUGGAGUUUGAGGAUACUUCAGGAGGGAGGAAUGACGAAGUUUUAGCCUUCAACAUGCUGGAGUACGAGGCUGGAGCGGACAUGCGACUGGUCAGUCAGAUCAACGCCGGGAUGAAGAUCCAGGCCGCCGGGGAGCACAUGGGCUGCAGCAAGGUCGGAGGAAACCACGAGAGCCAGGUCGUAUGUGUGCAAUGUCAGGAGGAGGUGAGGGUUUGUCCUCACAGCGCCAUCGCCACGCGCCUCUCCUCGGGAUCCGCAGACCGUGAGCCCAGCAGUAGCAGCUACAAUGUCUCUUCUGGAACCUUCUACAGCUGUGUCAGUCAGAUCACCAUUGGGUUUGACCUUGGGGGUCAAGUGGCCAUCGGCUUCUCCCACUGGAAGAGUCCCUUCCCAGCGAGCGGCCAUAAUCUCCCCAGUCCGGACUGCGUUCACUCGGAGGCUUCCACAGUGCCGCCCAUCAGCGAGCACCUGGAGCCGGUGUCCUGCCCGGCGUCGUUGUCAAUCACCCCGCUGCCCACACGCAGCGCCAGUCAAGAGACACUCUGCGACAGCAGCACGAGUGUGAGUUUUUCUCUACAUGGGUCUGAGUCCCAUCGGAGGAGCCCCCACCGCCGCAGAGUCCCGCCGCAGCCAUCCGCCUCAGGCUACCAGGCAGCAGGCAGACCUCUCGCCUUCCCCUCCUGUGGGGAGGCAGACAUCAUGGAGGAGUCCUCGUCCAAAGCCGAGGACUCCAGCAGUCAAGACGAUGUGCCUCCCCUCGCUGUGAAGGAUGUCAAAGUGCUGCUUGAGAGAGAAAGGUCAGAGGGCGUCAGCAGCCCGUCCAGAGACGACGACUCCACCCUGUUGAACCAGGGAACCAACAGCAGCAUCCUCGACGACAACACAAAGUCGGAUUCUGGCCUCCCAGAGGGGAGGAGUAAGUCCAGCAGGCUUUGCUUCAGCGAUGGAAAGAGUCGCAUCGACUACAUCCUGGUUUACAGGAAGUCCAGCUCGCAGUCAGAGAAGAGGGAGAUAUUUGAGCGGAACAUCCGUGCGGAGGGCUUACAGAUGGAAAAGGAGGCCUCUUUGACAAACAGUGACGUGAUAUUUCUGAAGCUUCAUGCACCAUGGGAUGUCCUCUGUCGCUACGCAGAGCUCAUGAACAUUCGCAUGCCCUUCCGGAGGAAAAUCUUUUUCAUGCACCGCCGGCACAAGUUCAUGAGCAGGAUGGAGAAGCGGAUCAACAAGUUUCGAGGCUGGCUGCCCCGCAAGCCCAUGAAGUUUGACAACGACGCUCUGCCCGACCUGGAGGAGAACGAGAGCUUUACCGCCCCCUUCAGUCGAUCAAGGAUACACCAUUUCAUCAUCCACAACAAAGACACUUUUUUCAACAACGCCACCAGAAGUCGCAUCGUCCAUCACAUCCUCCAGCGGGUCAAAUAUGAAGAGGGUAAAAAUAAAAUGGGGCUUAAUCGUCUUUUGAGCAAUAGUUCAUAUGAGGCAGCUUUCCCUCUUCACGAGGGGAGCUACCACAGCAAAAACUCCAUCAGAACACACGGAGCAGAGAACCACCGGCACCUGCUGUACGAAUGUUGGGCCUGGUGGGGGGUUUGGUACAAGUACCAACCGCUGGACCUCAUCAGGAGGUAUUUUGGGGAGAAGAUCGGUCUGUACUUCGCCUGGCUUGGCUGGUACACAGGGAUGCUGUUUCCUGCAGCUCUGGUCGGCCUCUUCGUAUUCCUGUAUGGCCUCUUCACUCUGGAGCACUGCCAGGUCAGUAAAGAAAUCUGCCAGGCUACUGACAUCAUCAUGUGCCCCAUCUGUGACCAGUACUGCCCCUACCUGAGGCUGUCAGACAGCUGCAUCUACGCCAAGGUCACCCAUCUCUUUGACAAUGGCGCAACUGUUUUCUUCGCCGUAUUCAUGGCUGUUUGGGCAACUGUCUUCCUGGAGUUCUGGAAGAGGCGCAGGGCUGUCCUCGCCUACGAUUGGGACCUUAUUGACUGGGAGGAAGAGGAGGAUGAGAUACGCCCCCAGUUUGAGGCCAAAUACUCCAAGAAGGAGAGGAUGAACCCCAUAUCUGGAAAGCCUGAACCUCACCAGGCCUUCAGCGACAAAUACAGUCGCCUCAUUGUCUCGGCAUCCGGGAUCUUCUUCAUGAUUCUGGUGGUGAUUGCCGCCGUGUUUGGCAUCGUCAUAUACCGCGUCAUCACCGUCAGCACCUUCGCCGCCUUCGGCUGGGCCCUCAUCAGGAACAACUCUCAGGUGGCGACCACGGGAACGGCAGUGUGCAUUAACUUCUGCAUGAUCAUGCUCCUCAACGUGCUCUAUGAAAAGGUUGCUCUUCUUCUCACUAAUUUAGAACAGCCAAGGACAGAGUCAGAGUGGGAGAACAGCUUUACCCUCAAGAUGUUCCUUUUUCAGUUCGUCAACCUCAACAGUUCAACUUUCUACAUCGCCUUCUUCUUGGGAAGAUUUACAGGCCGGCCUGGUGCUUAUCUACGCCUCAUUAAUCGCUGGAAACUGGAAGAAUGCCACCCCAGUGGCUGUCUCAUUGACCUCUGUAUGCAGAUGGGGAUCAUCAUGGUGCUAAAACAGACCUGGAACAAUUUCAUGGAGCUCGGCUACCCCCUGAUCCAGAACUGGUGGACACGGCGGAAGCUGCGGAGAGAGCACGGACAGAAAGCCAAGGCCAGCUUCCCACAGUGGGAGAGGGAUUACAACCUGCAGCCAAUGAAUGCCUAUGGACUCUUUGAUGAAUACUUAGAAAUGAUCCUACAGUUCGGCUUCACUACCAUCUUUGUGGCAGCUUUCCCUCUGGCCCCUCUCUUAGCACUGCUGAACAACGUCAUUGAGAUUCGUUUAGACGCCUACAAGUUUGUCACACAGUGGCGGCGACCUCUGCCCUCACAAGCCAAAGACAUAGGGAUCUGGUACGGCAUUCUGGAGGGCAUUGGCAUCUUGUCUGUCAUCACCAACGCCUUUGUCAUUGCUGUUACCUCAGACUUUAUCCCUCGCCUUGUUUAUGCAUACAAGUAUGGACCUUGUGCUGGUCAGGGUCGAGCAGGGGAGGGGUGUAUGAUUGGUUACGUCAACGCCAGUCUCUCAGUGUUUAGGGUGUCUGACUUUGAGAGGAGAUCACAGUCUAUGACUAAUGGCUCUGAGCUGUUUGGAGAAGCUGUAAAGUAUUGUAGGUAUCGGGACUACAGGGAGCCUCCAGACUCUGCUCAGCCCUACUCAUACACUCUCCAGUUCUGGCACGUCCUGGCAGCCCGGCUAGCAUUUAUCAUCGUAUUUGAGCAUAUGGUCUUUUCCAUCAAGACCCUGAUCGCGUACCUGAUCCCCGACCUCCCUAAGGACCUGCGGGACAGAAUGCGCAGAGAGAAAUACCUGAUCCAGGAGAUGAUGUAUGAGGCCGAGUUGGAGAGACUGCAGAGGGAGAAAAAUGAGAAGAAGAAGAAAGACAGGGCCCAUCACAAGGAAUGGCCCUGAAUGCACCAAAUGGUUAUCAGCUGGUGUUCAGUUUUUUUCACUGCACAGUGGAGGAAGGAGAGGAGCGCUGGGUUUCCUGCAUGAUACUGGUCCCUCAUACCUUCCUCCUGUUGUGACAGAGGGCACAUCCUAGUGGACAGUUGAUGAGCUGCAUCCAGCAGGGCCACCCAGUGACCACAGGCUCCAUGUGUCUGCAUCCAUAACGGACGUCCUCUUGAACAUGUUGGCAGUGGGUUUUGCUACCUUUUCUUUUUUUUCUCCAGAUAGUUUCUACCGCUUUGGACUCUCAACAGCGUAUGUCUUCAGACCCUGAAUGUAGAUUUCAAGCAAGACUACACUUUUACGGCUGUCUGGUUUUGGACGAGAGAAAUGACUCUGCUAGGCUUACUGAAUGACAAACCCUGUUUACAUGUCUCCUGGUUUGAGGAGUUCGCGUAUGGAUUUAUUGUAAAUAAAGAUAUUUAAAUGAAUGUCAGGCCAUCUGCUCCGCUAUAGUGUGAUGCAAUAAAAACUAGAGAAUGCAAUUUCUGAAGAAAAUGGCGGUGGGAUUGCUGGCAGCUGAAAGUCCGCCUGAUGGACAGUCUGGAGCUAAACUGCAUUGCUUUGCGUAGCCUGUAGCAGGGAGCUGGACAGCAUAUCCAAACUGCACUGCUGUCUUAACUUUUUUAUCAAGGAGCAGCUGAAAGAGUAUGAACAGUUUGAAUAUUAGAAAAAAGGGGAAAAUAUAGCGGGAGCAAUUAAGUGUCUUUUUGGAAUAAGGGUAAAUCAUCAGUUGAGGUCUAAACCCUAUAACCACUUGCAGGAAAUAGAAUAGUUAUAGAAAUUUUGAUUUUGAAAGUUUUGAGCACUCGGGAAGCCUGUUGUAAGCUCAUGUUACUCUUUUCAGGCUUUUGUUUUGAAAAUCUCUGCCUACUUGAGGACCCCCCAGUAAACUCCUUCUUCCAUUUGGAGACUUUUAUAUAGAAAGUCCUGCAUACUCCAGAGCCCCCUGGAGAAACUUCCCCUAUAUACUAUGUAGACACAAAACAUGAAAACAGUUGUCACUAAACAUAAUAUAUUUAAUUUAACUUUAGGAAUUCCUGAAAUGAAGUCCUUCGAGGACAAAUGACAUGUGGUCACAUCUUGUCAUGUCAGUUAAGAAUCAACUGAGGAUCCUCCACAGAGGUCAGAGCAGCAGUAUAAUUAGCAAAUCUCAAUCAACUGUGAGUCCCCACUUGCAAUUAAAGGUUACCAUGGGGACAGCACCUGCUGUGCUGUGCACUCUCAUUUCAUGAGAGCAGCCUCUCAAACUCUGGCUUAUAACUCACAGAAUGUAAUUCCUUCUAAAUGUGUGUGUGGUGAGAGAGCGGGAACCCUGCUGAACACGUUGCUAUAAAAUAUGUUUGUGGUGUAAAAAUAGUGGGAAAGUUAAAGCCUGUUAAAGUUAAAUUCGGAUUUGCUCCUAAAAUCUCCAAUAUCAGUUCAAAUUGAAGUCUAUCGGGAAGUUAUGUGGGGCUCCUGUCACUUUGAGGCUGUUUGAGUAGAUAGUUACAUAGUUUGAAAGAGGAAAAAUUCUACUAUAUUUUGAUUAAAAAAAAUCAUAGGGAGGGUUUGAGGAGAAAUAAUUAUUCUGAUAAUGUCCUCAAUGAGCUGAGCAAACAAAGUUUGAAUGAAGUAUGAGAGUGUACAAAGAAUAAGGAAAAUUAAGGUAAACUAAGAAGAGCAUAGAUUUGAUUGCAGCUGUUGCCCAGCAAUCUCACCAAUAAAGACAAACAAAGAAGAACAAUAACAUCUAUAAAAACUGUCUACA